CAACAACUCAUCCUCAUGGCGUGGAUAUUCGAGUUACUUGUUCGAAUUGGCGAGGAAUACGGCGCGAAACUAUCUUCUGCACCGAGCAAAGACAAGAGUGAAAAAUGUCAAAUCAAGAAGUUUUUCGAUUUGGGCUCUGAGAAUGCUGCUAUGUGGGCUCUCGUCAGCGACAAGACACAUUAUAUCGCCGUCAAACUCACUAAGGAAGCUUUGAACGCGUACAAGAUGCGACAUGGUCGACGAAUAACGGACGCUUGCAGCUUUCCUGUUGUCAUUCUCCAACGUUUCAAAGUGGUAUGCACCCGCAUUCCCAAGAAAUAUGGCGCAGGAUUAACUGCUGAGAGCUUUCUUGCUCUGGAGUGUGAUUCCGUCCAGCUUGUUGAGAGUUAUGGCGAUACUGCUGACGAGUCAGAGGACAUAUACCAAGAAGCAAAGAUUCAGCAGUGGAUCCAAGGGUUGCGGCAACAUGGAGGAGCAGGGAACAUCCUCAUGAACCACAGGAAUUCAGCAGCCCCUGAUUUACUCGCCGAAUACCAUAAGCGCUGGAGUGAGCAAAUCUCCGCACCCUUGGACUUUGUGAGGGAAUCCACAUUGCCACCCCCGCCGAAAACACAAUCUCCACCUCAUUCACCCGUAGACGCGCGUGUUUUUCCGGCAUCUUCCCCUUCGCAGCAAUUUAAUUCUGCCCCAUCGUCGCCGCUAUCUGGUUGGGAUCCCACCCCAAGCAAACAGCAUUCGUCAUCCUCCUCAAGCCCACGUACCCCACAAUCAGACUGGACACCGGCUCGAGGACGUAAUCCCUCUCCUCAAGUUUUACUCGAGUCUGCCCCGAGACCACAGAAAAUUCUUACACGAAAGAGUGGGGACAUCGACCAAACCCCAAGAAUAUCAAAGCGACGACGGACUUCAGAUUCCCCGCCGCUGAUAAAUCGUAAAGUGUCGCGACCGCCAGAGCCACCAAUACCCACCAGCUCGGGGCCGACGGUGAUUCUAGCUCCAAACUCCGAACCAUCUGAAUCGCAGCUAAACGAAACACAAUCACUGGAUGAGGAUGAUGAACAGUUUUUGACUCUGCUUUCGUCCGCCAACCUGCCGUCGGAAAAGGCUCAGCUUGCAGUACCGCUCACGAGUUGGGGUUUCGCUGCAAUCCGGAGGUCACUCCUCCUUCUUUCCGCCGGGAGUCUGGGCAUUAUGUCGCUCAGAAAACCACUGGCUGAAUGGGCAACCUUCGUGUAUGCGAAAGGCGACAUCCGCUCCUUGUUUGGAAUCGUCGUUUGCAGCAUAGUGGUUCUCAUUCUUGCCUACCUCACCAAUCCCUCCGAAAACUCUUUUCGGUCAUAUCUAACAGAACAAUCUUUUCGGCACCAUCUCAGUCGUCUCGAUGCUACUUCAGACGAUCAGGCUCAAAGGCGACCUUCGACCUCCACAAUUCCUUUCGAUCACGGCUCUCCAUUCCAUUUUGCCAAUCGCGCAACGGUCUCAUUGCGCACUCCAAAGCAUGUUUUUCAUAGCUUUGGUGUCUUUACUGUCGCUGCCAUCAUUCCUUCACGAGCCGACCGACUGCCUCGUCGUGACAAAGAUUCAACGAUCGUGACAGAUUCAUGGUUUCUUGGGGCAUUCGGAAAAUGGUACAGAGGGGGCGUGUUAGAUGCCUGGUAUCAGGACGUUGUGGCACGCUCUUCUGACGAGGAAAGCUGGACAUCAGGCAUUAUGGGCAUCAAGGCGCUUGAUAAAUUGAACGAAUACGAUGGGCUUCCCUUCUCAACUAAGAACUUGCCUGCUGCUCGAGCCCCUCCCAAACUUCGGAACCGCGACAAGUCUUCUCAACGGCUUCCGGCCCGAAGUUCAACGCCGCCUCCGCUUCCUAAAUCAGCUUCUCUCCCUCUACACACACCGGUCACAGAACGUUUACAAUCCUCAACUCAGUCAGUCAACGAGCCUCAUCGAUUGGCCUCACCUGCACUAUCUCGUUCGCCUUCAACGCUCUUCGAUCAGUCGCCUCGGAUUGCCGAAGUUCUCCAACAGAUUUCGUCAUCCCGGAAUUCAGUUGUCGACCUUCGUAACCAACUCGCGGACUUCCAAAUCAGCGCGUCUGCCUCGCAUUCUUCUCUUCAAGGAGAAGUUGAUUCUUAUCGGGACAGAAAGCGCCAGGAGGAUGCCGCGAGGUCGGAACUGAAAUCACGGACCAAGACUCUUGAUGAUUCGAAACGAGCAGCAGAAAGCGUGAAACGCGAAGCUGAUAAACGACUGAAAGCUGCUCAGACCUCAAGGGAUGAUACAUGGCAACGGCUGGAGUUUUUGGACAAGGAAAUCGAUCUUUUAACGGAACGUCGUGCUCAAGACGAAGCCUCACUGGUUCAAACUCAACAAAUAUCAGAGCCUGAACAAGAAAUCGCGGACGCUUUGGAACACAAAAAGCAGGAGAUUAGGACAACUGAAGACGUAAUUGCCGCUCUGAACCUUCGUGCACGUGAGCUGGAGGACAGACUCGCCAGCGAGAAAGAUCGACUGAAGCUGGCGCGAGAGCGAGCGGAGUUGAGGAAACAAGAUCGUUCGUUCCAGCCAUUCAAUCCGGUCUCAAGAAAUUUGUACGACUCGCACAUCGAUUUGGUUGGCCACAACGCUCGGCGAUCUUCAGAUCCUAGUGUACCUCCUACAUCGCCUCGACCCGCUAAAUUGGCACUGGGCAGCAUAUCCAACUUCAACAAUCCACCUCACAUUGCUACUCGUACUAACCCACUCUUCGAAGACGGCUUUCUCAAUCAACAUAGCUUUACCAACUUUUCGCCUUUCGGUGAUAGCUCCCAGGCACCGGCCCUCCUGUCACCAACCACACAACUGUUGAUUCCCUCUGGUCUAAUUUCUUCGCUGGACAGUGGAGACGGACUGUCGAGGUCUUUCCAGUCUGACAGCGAUGCCUAUAUCGAUAAAGACUGGAGGGAAGCUAGCUUACAACGCGCUCGUUCUCAGGACACUCGUCAAUUGAGCCCUCACUUUGGUCCUCUUACUGCUUCCCCAACGUCGUUGCAAAGCGUUGAACAUGACCCCUUCGAAAUUCGGUUCCAGUCAUCGCCAGGCAUUCGAGAGCGGGAGUUCCGUAUGCCUGAUGAUAACUCGAUGGCGGUCUAUCGCACUCACUCAGACCCAACUUCUGCAAAGGAGGAGCAGUACUCGACAACUGACAAGGCUCCCUCUCGUCGCUGGUUUACCUCGUCCAAGGACAAGGCGAAGAAAGGGCUUAAUCCCGAUGCCAAAGAGUUCAGUCUGCCGAGUCGAAAGACGACAAUGUUUGACGCGCUGAAUCCAAACGGACUUGGUUCUAAUAUGAUGGCCCCCACAUCCACAAAUCAGUCCCUCCUCCGCGCAUUUGCGCCUUCGCCUGCAGAGCGUGAGGCCCUUUAUCGCGCGUUGGGCGGAUCAACGAAUACCAGUCUGGAGCGUCUACCAAGUCUGAGCGAUGUUGGGAGCAUUCCCCCAUCACCCGCUCAUGUGCACGCCCAGCCAGCUGACCGGACACUGCCGUCUUGGUUGGCUUCGUUGCCCAGGAUCCGCAAGCCGAAUUUCAGUCCCUGGGAGGAUGAAGAGCCCGUUGUAGUCAAUGGGGAGAAGCGCUACACGUAG